UGAAUUUGUUUAUGAGUGGACACUUGAUUUCCCCAGUCAUUCAGACACUAAUUGCAUAGAUAGGAUAUUGUUGGUUGGAGAUACCCUUAUAUUGUCGUUUAAGUUCAUCCACCGUUUUUACAAAAUUCCCCAUUUGUCGUUUUCGGAUAUCUCUAUUGCAUUAGUGGUCAUUCGCCAACUCAAUCGUUCUUUUAUUAGUAACAACUUCAACUAUUUUUUCUAUCUAAAACCUCAAACACAAAAUUAACAAUAGCACCAUGAUUCCUCCACUCACAAUUUUUUCGUUUGAAAACACGAACCUAAAGGAUUGGUACGGUGGUGACAACACAACACUAGUCGUAGCAUUCUUCAUAAUUUCCGCACUUACUCUUUUCUACAUAAUAUAUCUUAAAUCCAAUACCCAAAAGUUACCACCAGGCCCAUCGGGCCUUCCUUUCUUCGGCAACCUUCUAUCACUCGAUCCAGAACUUCACACUUAUUUCGCUGGCCUGGCCCAAACUCACGGCCCAAUUUUCAAGCUCCGUCUCGGUAGCAAACUCGGCAUCGUGCUGACGUCACCUACCACGGCUCGUGAGGUGCUAAAAGAAUACGACACCGUUUUCGCCAACCGUGACGUACCCGCCGCCGGCAGAGCAGCCACUUACGGCGGCAGCGAUAUAGUGUGGACGCCGUACGGACCGGAGUGGCGGAUGCUGAGAAAAGUUUGUGUGCUUAAGAUGCUUAGCAACACCACUCUUGAUUCCGUUUACGACCGUCGCCGUGCCGAGGUUCGGAAAACGGUCGGGUAUUUGCACAGUCGGGUCGGGUCACCGGUAAAUGUGGGGGAGCAAAUGUUUUUAACGGUGCUGAACGUGAUUACAAAUAUGAUGUGGGGUGCGGGGGUGGAAGGGGAAGAGAGGGAAAGAUUAGGGGCGGAGUUCAGGGAGGUGGUGGCGGAGAUGGUAGGGCUUUUGGGGAAACCCAAUGUGUCGGACUUUUUUCCCGGGUUGGCCCGAUUCGAUUUGCAAGGUGUGGUGAAAGAUAUGAAUAAUUUGGUGCCUCGUUUCGAUGGAAUAUUUGAAAAGAUGAUUGGUGAAAGGGUGAAGAAGGAAGAGGAGAAUGAAAGUAAGGAUUUUUUGCAGUUUUUGUUGAAUUUGAAGGAAGAGGGUGAUUCUAAGACGCCAUUCACAAACACCCACGUUAAGGCCCUCCUCAUGGAUAUGGUAGUGGGUGGAUCAGACACAUCCUCCAACACAAUUGAGUUUGCAAUGGCAGAACUAAUAAACAACCCAGAAGUGAUGAGGAAAGUUCAAGAGGAAUUAGAAGCUGUAGUUGGAAAAGACAAGUUGGUAGAAGAGUCUCAUAUUCAUAAGCUACCUUACUUACAUGCAGUCAUGAAAGAAACCCUUCGUUUACACCCAGUACUUCCACUUUUAGUCCCUCAUUGUCCAAGUGAAACCACCAACGUGGGAGGGUACACAAUUCCAAAGGGUUCUCGUGUGUUUGUGAAUGUUUGGGCUAUUCAUAGAGACCCUACUAUUUGGGACAAACCACUAGAAUUUGAUCCUACAAGAUUUUUGGAUGGUAAAUGGGAUUAUAGUGGAAAUGACUUCAAUUAUUUUCCUUUUGGUUCCGGAAGAAGGAUAUGUGCUGGAAUAGCAAUGGCUGAGAGGACUGUUUUGUACUUCAUAGCUACUCUUGUGCACUUGUUUCAUUGGUCAAUACCCCAAGGAGAAAAUGUUGAGGUAUUGGAGAAAUUUAGUCUUGUUCUCAAAAAGAAGACACCUUUGCUUGCCAUCCCUACCCCACGACAGUCCAAUCCAGAUCUUUAUAAAUAGAAUUGAAUACUAUGUCCAUGUUGUUGGUAUCACAAUAACUUUACCAAAAUCGCGAACCAUUGUGAUUAUGGUAAAUCUACUACUAUACCAAAUGUAGCCCUUAUUCAAUAUUUAGAUUACGAUACAGUCAUUUAUUAGGGUGAAGAAUUGUUAUAGUCUAUGGUAGAUCGAUGCUUGAAAAUAGUUUUUAAAAAAAUGACAGAAAUCGCCACCUUUGUGUAGGAGUUUAAGGUUUUCUUCGUCAUUACGACUGAGACAGUAAUCUGAUUGAUAUUAAUUCAAUAAAAACAAGUGAAAACAUGUAGUAUAAGUCAAGGUUUGGACACUAAAAUUCAUUUUCUUAAUUUUUUGUUGAACAAACGUUAAUUGGAUCACUAUCUCAGUUGGGGCACUAAUACUUAAGAAGAGCUGAUUAUUAUUAGAAUUUAAAAUGUGUUUCAAGCAUCGAUUCACAGUAAAUUACAUGAGACACUUCUUCACCUUAAAAAUCAUUUAUUAUAUAUAGAGUGUCGGUUCACCGCUCAAUGCAAGUACAUUUAUAAUUUAUGUAUAAGUAUUUUUCUGAA